CAGGGCCCGAGCCCCGCCAGGCUGCGCUGUGCUCCGUCCCUGUCCCUGAGCGCGGCACUGGCGGCCCUCCUGUCAGUGGUGGCGGUGGUGGCAUGUUUGUACCUGGGGGUGAAAACCAGCGACCUCCAGGCGAGGAUCGCCGCUCUCGAAGCCGCCGAAGGAGCGACUUCCAUCCAUCUGCUGCCGGAUACCCUGGAUCAGCUCAAGGCCUUGGUGCAGGAGAAAGUGGAACGGCUCCUGGCUCAGAAAUCCUAUGAACAUAUGGCUAAAAUCAGAGUUGCCAGAGAAGCACCGUCAGAGUGCAACUGCCCAGCAGGCCCUCCGGGUAAACGAGGCAAGAGAGGUCGAAGAGGAGAAUCUGGUCCUCCUGGUCAGCCUGGUCCUCAGGGCCCUCCUGGUCCCAAAGGCGAUAAGGGGGAGCAGGGCGACCAGGGACCUCGGAUGGUGUUUCCUAAAAUCAAUCACGGGUUUCUCUCUGCUGAUCAGCAGCUCAUUAAACGCCGCCUGAUCAAGGGUGACCAAGGCCAGGCGGGACCUCCGGGACCCCCAGGCCCUCCAGGCCCCAGGGGGCCUCCCGGCGACACAGGGAAGGACGGCCCCCGCGGAAUGCCGGGCGUACCGGGCGAACCAGGGGAACCCGGAGAACAAGGCUUGACGGGUCCUCUGGGGCCUCCAGGACAAAAGGGUACUGUUGGAGCGCCUGGAAUUCCAGGGAUGAACGGGCUAAAGGGCGAGCCUGGGUUGCCUGGAGCAGUAGGACAGAAUGGAAUACCAGGAUCAAAGGGAGAACCUGGAGAUCGAGGAGAGAAGGGAGAUGCUGGAGAGAGUGGCCCUAAAGGAGACACAGGCGAAAAGGGGGACCCCGGGUCGUCUGCUGCAGGAAUUAAGGGAGAACCCGGAGCAUCUGGUCGUCCAGGACAAAAGGGUGAACCAGGGCUUCCCGGGCUUCCUGGACUUCCAGGGAUAAAGGGCGAGCCCGGCUUCAUCGGUCCGCAGGGGGAGCCAGGCUUACCGGGGCUCCCAGGGACAAAGGGAGAACGUGGGGAGGCAGGGCCUCCUGGAAGAGGUGAGCGAGGGGAACCCGGAGCCCCCGGACCAAAGGGGAAGCAAGGUGAAUCAGGAACUAGAGGCCCGAAGGGGUCAAAGGGUGACCGUGGAGACAAAGGGGACCCGGGAGCUCUGGGCCCGAGGGGGCCCCCUGGACACAAAGGAGACCAAGGCGCCACCGAGAUCAUAGACUACAAUGGCAACCUCCACGAGGCUCUGCAGGCAAGUGACCGCGCCCGCCUGUCACACUGGGAGUGACACGCAUGAACACUGCGUGCCCCGUGUGAGCCUGCACUCCACAGAGGGUCCC